AUGAGUGUGUCUGCUUGUUUCGAGCAGAAUGGAAAGUACUUUGCUAGUGCAAUUUCCAAAAAUGGAAGAAAUGAGGUUCAAAUCUUUCCAAUAGAUCUGAACAAGGUAGUUGACCCUUCAGCGGAGUCCUUCAGGAUCGAACUAGACGCCAAUGAAGUGGUGAAAUCCAUCUGUUGGGCAUAUAUUGAUAAUAGUGCCGAGCCUGAGAAGAAGAAGAGGAAAUCUGUAGAAGAAAAUAGUGAAGAAGGAGUUGAUUUGAACUCAAAAUCGAGCCAUUUAGUAGUAGCAUUGGAAAAUGGAGAAAUGAAAGUAUUCACUCCACAACAAGAAACUUCCACAUCAGCAUUAAGUCCCGUUAAAUCUAUACCUGGAUCGAGCAAAAUUGGCAGCAUAACUAACUCUUACAAAAAUUCCAGCGUAUGGACGCUCCAAGAACAUUCAAAUAAUUUAAGUGAAGUCUCGAUCCUUAGUGGAAAGACUUUAAAAAAUUUCAAAUUCGAUGAGGUCAAGACUUGUAACUUUGUCCACUCACUUGAUAUUGUCGUUGCCACAACAACGAAGACUUCUCAACAUCUAGUAAUCGGUAGUGAAAACACUUUGUACUUAGUGGAUCCCUCCAAACCUAAAAAGUCCUUAUUAUUGAAGUAUUCGAGUGUGAGCAAUGUAUCACUGAUUGCCCAGAGCAGGACUGAUCCAGGAACUUUUGCUGUACUCAGAACGGGAAAUGAAUCUGGCAAUAUUGUAGCAUUAUAUUCAGUCAAUUCACCCGAAUGCGCCAAAGUAUUUUCGACCAGUAGCAGUAGAAUAAGUAAGAUAAAGUUCGUGGGAAAGAACUUAUAUGUAUUUGGCUCAGAAGGUGUCGAAAUAUUCGGUACCCAAAGCGAAGAACCUAUUACUUUUGUUAAGACGAAUGGAGGUGCCCAAUUUCAAGAUGCUUCUGAAUAUAAUGGAGAUGAAAUUUUAGCGGUUUGGUAUGAUAGAAAUGAGCCAAAUUUCCACACUUUGAGCAUUAGCCCAGGAGAAAUAGUGAUUGACUUAAAGGAUGUGGGUCUUGAGGAUGUUGACAUUCAAGAGGAUGAGGAAUUGUCUUAUUAUAGAAAGAAGCAUGCCAUCAAGAAUAUAUCUUAUGAAGAGCUAAUCCACACUUUACAAAAGUAUUUAUCAUCCGAAGAGAAUAGCAGUGCAGUGCUUGAACUCUGUUAUUCUAACAAUAAGGAAUCUAAUAUCAAAAACACAAUCAAGGCAUUAUCAACAAAUUCUUCACAGAUCAUUAAAUUAUUUGAAAUAAUUAGCCAGGAAGUGUCCUCACACCCUACGAGAACCAACACUUUAUCAAUAUGGUUAAAAUGGAUAUUACUAGCCAACGGUGGUUACAUUGCCAGUCAAAUAGAUCAAAAAGACAAUUUGAGGACAUUACAAAAGGGUUUAUCCUCAGGAAUGAAGUUGAUGCCCAAAUUGUUGUCGUUACAAGGUAGGUUGAAUUUACUCAAGUCACAAAUGGAAUUGAGGAAUAAAAUCGGUGGUAGUGUAGACGAUGACAGUGAUAUUGAAGGUGACGUUUCCAAUGUUGGUAACGACGAAGAUGAAGAAGGGUCCACCACGAUUGCCAACGAAACUGGGGAUUUGACUGCCAACGGAGAAGAAAGCAUUGUUUACGCCAAUGGGGAAAAUGAUGACUACCAGGAUGUAUUAAUCGAAGUGGAUGAAGAUGAAGAAGAUGACGAGGAUGAAGAUUAG